GAGGUUAGAUAAGUUGUUUCAACUUUUUGUUAGUUUUUAGUACAGUGAUUUGAUAUUUUGGCAAUUCGGAUGCCUAAUGUGAUGAUGAUUUAGAUGAUUAUUGUGAUUGUGUUAUCUGUUCUCACUACUUAAGAGGCAAAUCUCUGAUACUUACCCACUGAUGCUGCUGUCACAGCUAAUGUUGAUCAGUUUGUGCUGUGCUGAAGUAGGAGUGUAGCAACUUGUUCACAAGAUGUAUCUUGAAUAAGGCGCAAAAAUUUUAAAAUAAUGAGUUCUAAAGCCAAAUGCAAAAUUAAUUCUGAUGGCAGUGUGUGUUUGAGUGAUAUUUUGUGUUCCUUCAAUGCAUCAGUCAAAGAGGAACAUGCUUGGGCUUUAUGUUAUCAAAUUGUCAGGUAUUAUGAUGACUGCCUUCAAUCAAGAAAACAAAAUAUUUUCAUCAUUAAUGAACAGCAGCACGUUUACCUUAAAACUGAUGGCAAUGUACAUGAAAGAACUGGAUCGGCCACUGAACCACCUAGAAGAUUGCUUAGAAAUGAAAAGGAAAUAAUUGUAGGCAUAGGUGUUGUAAUCUACUCAACUUUGGAUUGUGAAACGCAAAAUGAAGAAAAAUUGUUGAAUCAAGAUCUUGAACAGUUGAUCAGUGAUAUGAUAAUAGAUGAACUGAAUGUUUUGGAUCAUAGUCACCAUGAAACUGAUGAUGAAGGCAUAGAAAGGGAUUCUGAAGAAAGUGAAGAACCAAGUACUUCAAGCAGUAGAUCUCAUAAUAUUACACUUCAAGAAGUAAUAAGAAGAUGUGAAAGUCAUUUGGGAAGUCUUACCAAAGUGCAAGCAGAAGCACAUUAUAAAGCUGUGGUUAGAGCUUUAGUAGCUGAGGCUCUAGAGCUGUCUUUCUUUUUAGAAAAAGUUGCACAAGGAAGCAUAAGCUUGCCUUCCAGUAGUACAAACUCCAAUUUAGGACAGUUGCAGUUCUCUGAUUGGGCUCGGUUCUGGGUACAGGUAAUGAAUGAACUCAGAACAGGUGUCAAGCUCAAGAAAGUUAAUUUCACCAAAGCACCUAUAGAAUAUGAGCUCACCCCCCAUGAAGUUUUGAUGAAAGAUAUCAGAAACUGCAAGUACAAUUUGAGAAAAAUCAUGGUGAAUGGGGUCCUACCUUCAAGGGUAACUAAAGAUGCUCAUGCUAUUAUUUUAGAAUUCAUUAGGUCCAGACCACCUCUAAAAAAAGUGACUGACAGGAAAAUUAUUCCACAAACUAGAACUUUGACUCCCAGAGAACAGCUUCUAAGCUCAAUCAAAAAAGGACGAAAAUUGAGACCAGUGCCAAUUCCCAGAACGUCCCGCAGCAAAAUUGACGGCUCAAAAAAUCCCGUCAAAGGACCCCCGACGCCCCCGCAGCCGGCCGCACGCAAGCUCAUCAAAGUCGACUUCUCCAUGUUCGAGGACGAAGACGAAGAGGAGCCGUCGGGCACCCCCGAACCCCUGGAGCCGGGUCUGUGGUCCAGCGAGUUCUCUGAAGAGUGCGACGCGGCUCUGGAGGCCUACGACCUGGCCACACAUACUUACACUAGGAACACCCUGGAGGUGGUUGACCGCCCAGCGACGGGCUGCUACUCGGUGCCGCAGUCGCGGCCCGGCUCGCGGCAGUCCUGCACCAGCUCUGAGGCCGAGUCCGUACACCUCGAGCCUGAGACGGCGCGGCGGCUGCAGGACGAAUUAACCGGCGCGCGCGGCUGGCAGCAGGACGUGUCGCUGGACGACAGACUGUCGCUGACGCUCGCCGAGAUCGUGCACAUCCGGUCGGUGCUCACCAAGGCCGAGUUGGAGGCUUUGCCGGUAGAGGGAAAGGUACGCCACGACGUCGAGGCGCGCAAGGUGUGCUUCCUCUGCCUCAAAACGCGCUUCGGCAUCUUCGGGCCGUGGGGCCAGCGAUGCGCGCUUUGCAAGCGCACCGUGUGCGCCAAGUGCUGCUCGCGCAUGCGCAUCCCCAUGGAGCACUUCGCCGGCGUACCCGUCGUGCUGCUCAGUCCGAGCAUCAUGUGCACGCCCGAAGAGGAGGAGCAGGCGGGGGCGGUGGGACGGGCGGGGGGCAGUAUGGAGGGCAGCGUGACGAGCAUCGCAGCGAUCCGGGGCUGUUGGGGAAGUUUCGCACAAACGCGGUUUUAGUAGGAAGGGCCAGAGCAGCUGAAAGGAUGCGCGGUUCCCAGAUGAUAGUCUGUCUCGACUGCAAGAUAAUGGUGCUCCAGAUCAUCAAGUCGGCGAGAGCCAACAGAUCUGCGAUACGCAACAAAACCAUACAGAGUCUCACUCUAAACCUGUCGCCAGUGUUUUAACCGUGAUAUUUUAAUCGUGCCCUGUCCCCUCAAAAGAGAAUGCAGUAAGUGGAAAAUUGAUUAUUCAGGCUAUUGGAAAAUGUUACUAUAAUACACAAAUAUGUGGAAGAUAUUCAC